GGCGCCAAGUGUUUCCGGGGGAGAGUACAGAUUUGUCAAAUAACCUGUGCAUCGCAUGGUUGGUAGCUAGCAGACUAGCCAGCGGGGCUUCACAGUGGAGACAGGCAGGCAGGCUGGACACUCUUUCCUUCCCUCGGGAGAAGCUGAACCGCCCGGAUCCGAGGCCGCUCUGUGCGCUGCUGCUCGCCCUGACAGCUGUCCGCUCCCCGACUUCACAUUUUGUCAUUGCUAGCUAGCGUUAGCCCAGCGGCUUACAGCGACGUCGCUCUGUGAAAAUGGCGGAUGUAACGGAGAAGAGCCUGGAUGAUUUCUUCGCCAAGAGGGAUAAAAAGAAGAAGAAAAGCGAGAAGGGGAAGGGCAAAGAGCCCGUCGGUGGGCCCGCGUCGGCCAUGGUGAAGAAGACCAAGAAGGAGAAGGAGAAGUCGACGAAAAGUGAGAAUCAGGACGCGCAGAUUGAGAAGGAGGAUGAGGAGUGGAAGGAGUUUGAGCAGAAGGAGGUGGACUACACCGGUCUUCGGCUCCAGGCUCUACAGAUGAGUGACGAGAAGGAGGAAGAGGAGUACGAGAAGGAGGAGGUCGGCGAGGACGGCGAGAUCAUUCUGGUCAGUGGGGACAAAGUGUCCGGGCCCUGGAACAAGUCUGGCGCCGCUCCUGCCCCCGCCCCGCCCGUGGAGGAGGUGGAGGUACCUGAGGCCAAGCCUGCCGGUGUAUAUCGCCCCCCGGGGGCCCGGCUCACCAGCAAUAAACGAGGCCCCGCCCAAGGCCCUCCAGAGAUCUUCAGCGACACACAGUUCCCCUCUCUGCUGGCCACUGCCAAGCACGUAGAGACACGCAAGGACAGAGAAAUGGAGAAGACCUUUGAGGUGGUGAAGCACAAGAACCGCGGCAGAGAGGAGGGCAGCGGCGCUUCUAUGCAGCAUUUGCAGCUUGACAACCAGUACGCCAUCUUGGGGGAUAAGUAGAGCCGUUCCCCUCCGUCCCCCUGCCCCUCCAGCGCGGUCCUGCCCAGCCCCCUGAAGGAAGCUGAACUACAGCUGUGUGGGCUUCAGUCCUGACAAAGCUCAUGCUGCCACCAUCGCCACACUGGUUAUCCUUUCUCUCUCACUCACACACACACACACACACAAACACACACACACACACACACACACACACACACACAUGCACAGCUUUGCAGACAGACAUUCGGACUCCUACACAAAAAGACCACUUCAGCACAUACGGUGACACUCCCUCACAUAGAUGACUGACAGCUACAUACACAAGAACUUGGUUGGCAAAACUGAGGGACUGCAUUUGAAGGGGCUGUUGCAACAGGGACUAAUCGAAAAAGAAUCAGCAAAAUACACCCAUACGUACGACACUGCAGCAACAACAAAAGACAACCCAGUUGUCCUUUGUGGAUUGUACUCAGAGCAGCAGUUGCGCGGUGCAACUUCUCUCUGGACUUCAACUUGCUUCGAUAAAGCCACAGGGGAUCGAAGAUGACUUUAGGCAAGAUGAUUUUACGAACUUCUGUUAAAAUAUAUAUUUUUUUGCAAGAUCGUUAAUCCAGUCGCACAUGGUAUUUUGGGGUGUGUUUGAGUUGCGGUUUGGGUGACGGGAGGGGGAGACUACCUCAGCAGCGUAGCUGUGGUGACCAUGUGGACUGAGCCUUUCGCUGUGGUGGUGAACGGGGCAAACACCAGCCCCCCUCCCCACAUACAAGCUGGCCAUCUGGCUCCUUCAUUUAGAAACUUGAAGCUUUGGUUUUUCCUUUACGAUGAUGGCACUCUACAAAGAUCUGUGGACAAGGAGUGAAAAGGUUGUGGUCCUCAUUUAGAAUUACUAUUUAAAGUGGCCUUACUGUUAAAGAGAGAAACUGCUUUGUCAUCUGGAGAGAACCUUGCUUGUCGUCUCAUGGGCUGUUGCCUGCCUCUGGAUCUCACCACUUUGUGAAAAAAGAAAAAAAAAAAAUCAAAAACAAGUUCUGUUCAAGAAUGUAGUGCUGUUGUAGUUUGCUUGAUAAAUAAAACUACUAACUGUCCUUCAUAUCCACUAUUUGAUUUUUGCUACCCUCAUUUUAUUUUGGUUGCCUAGACAUCAAACAUGUAUAAUUAAAGAUCAUUUCUAAUCUGAAAUCAUUCCUUUAGUAACUGAGUCUCUCUAAUCUCAUUCGGUUAAAUUCAGCUAACAUUUUGACAAUGUCUUUGCUCUUAUGUGUGUCCAGCUGUGAAGAAACAUGGUGUAUUGUUGGUAGACACCAAAUGAUGAUAAUGUUACAGUGUCAAAAAAUACAACAUUAUGCAGUAUGACACAUGGAGAGUGGUGUUUCUACCAUCACUUUGAAUGCAUAUUGAGCUUUUCUCUCGCCAGAUUCAAUGCAUUACUUUUAAUGGUAUAGAGAGUCCCAUAAUUGAAGUCGGGGAGCUUUUAAGUUACAGUUUUGAAUUUUUUUUUUUUUUUUAAUCAAGUUUUUCCUCAUAGGUAAGUGUAUUGUCUCAGCCCGUAUUGCAGUAUUUUUUUUCCCCCCAGAACAGGUAGCUUGCACGUAAUUUUGUUUGCGGAGAAUUACAGCAUCUGCUCUUCUGUAAUUGCACAUUGCCAUCAGACCACUAUCCAUUCAUGAAAAAUGGUUUGUUUUACCCGGUCGAAAUCAGAUGGGUUUUUACAACCAUAGUUAUGUUUAGAUAGAGGGGGGGGGGAAAAAGAACUGGAUUUCUGUUCUGUUUCUGUCCUCGCCAUAAAAGAUGUCAGGGAGCCCUGACCCUGCCACAGCACUGUGGGUGGAGCUACUUCAAACGUGUCUAAUGAGAAGAGAACAGCCUAACACAAAGAGAAAUAAAGUGAUCCUUGUGA